AUGGAUGUCACAGAGCCAUUCCUUGCCGACUUGAACUCCAAGCACACACGCUAUGGUCUGCUUGAAAGAUCCCCUGUAUCGUCGUGGAUCAAACACGCCCUCUGCGGCUUCGCUCUCCUCAACAUUUUGAUCUUUUGCCUGAACUUGUUCCUCAUCUUCAAUACCAACAGUGUUGCGGCUCGCUUGAUACCAGGGCCAGAUGGAAGCUUUCGAGAUCUUAACGAUCCCGACGAUGUGCUUUCGUUCGUGCCGCACGCAGACAAUGCUCGAAAGGUGAUCGACGGACGUCUCUUCACGCUGAACACAACAUCAGCCUGGGAUCUCGUGGGCCCCCCAUCCCCCACCACCGACGCCCUCUGGGACGAGCUAUCCGCCGAAGGCCACGAGAUCAUCCUCGUCAACGCCUCAACCCUCAGACAAGCAGGCUACGACCCAGCAAAAUACUUUUCGGCUCCGCUCUCAUGGAACUUCGGGCCAGACAUGUAUCCCGUCCAGAUCGACGUAUUCCACCAGAUCCACUGUCUCGAUGUGCUGCGAAAGCACGCACACUUUGAUCGUUACUUCCCGGACGGAAAGACGGAUUGGCAGCAUUUUGGACACUGCCUGCAUAUCUUGCUGCAGAAUAUACAGUGUCAUGCUGAUCUGGAAUUGAUUCCGCAUCGAUGGGUUGAGAAGGAUCCUGUGCCGUUUGCACAGUUUAGUAUUGGAAAGCGGUGUCGUGAUUUUGGAGCCAUCAAGGAGUGGAAUCUGGUCCACAGCAGAAAUGUGACACAUGCCAUGUGGCAGUCGUCUCGUCCGUUAGAAGAGUCGGUGAUAUGGCCUGGCUAUGGGGAGGGUUCAUAA